GGAUAUGCGAGCAAUUAAAAAGUAUAUCGUUUGUAUAAUUCAAACUCUGGACAAGUGAUCGAGCAGAGGGAUGCUCUGUUCGAUAAGCAAUACAGCAGUGAACUGUACGAUACUGGAGCCAUUACAUUUGAUCUUACAACGACGAAUAUCAACGUCGGAAUAAAAAAUGACAGCAGCAGCGACAAUUUAAUGAGUGCACUCAAGGUACCAGGUUUGGGACCAGGUAGACAAAAAUUAGUUCGCUAUGGAAAGCGAGGACGAACCAAGAAGCAGUACAGUAUUCUUGGCGCUUUGGCCGAAGCGCGCUUAGCAGCUCGUCGUCUAGCUCGCGCUGAAGCUCGGGAGAUACGAAUGCGUGAGCUUGAGCGACAACAAAAGGAAUUGGAGCAAAACGCUGACCGUGCAUUCGAUAUGCAAAGCACAAGUGGCAGUGUUAUUAUUGACACACUCUCAUCACAUCCCACACGCCACGGAUAUAGUGGUCUUGUAAAUUUGGUACGUGCAACAACAUCGCGACGCAGUAGUGAAGAUUCAUUGGAGGACGAAGGUCGCAGUUUCCGUGAUAUUAAACACGAACUUAAAGAAGUCGAAGAACGGUUUCGAAAGGCUAUGAUAACGAAUGCCCAACUAGACAACGACCGCUCAUCUCAAACCUAUGAAGUGAAGCUACUCAAAGAUAAAAGUGAAACAAUGGAGGAAUCUUUCGCGCAACUGCAGCGGGAAUUCAAAAACAAACUUCGCGAUUGCAAUACCCUCAAACGCAACUUGGAACGCACAACACUGGAAUUAAGCCUAGUGCAAGGCCAGUUAUGCGAGCGAGAUGCACUAAUAGAAGAGCACGGUCUUAUUAUUGUUUCCAUUGAGAAUAGUGAUGGCAGUGACGCUAAACGGGCUCUAGUGAGUGUUGAAAACGCCAAUAUUUUGUCAACCGUACAGGGUUCUCUUGAUGUUAGACUCAAAAAGUUUGCAGAGGAAAAUCAGAGACUUCUGAAUGAAAUACAAAAGCUUCAUGAACAGUUAGGUGCAUUUAAAAGUGAAGGUAGAGUUGGACGCGGAAGUUCGUUGUGUGGCUCUUUAAGGUACGAUGAUGACUAUGAGGUUCAAAGAGAAUCAAAUAAAAUCAUAUCAGAUUAUAAAUAUAAACUACAAAAAGCUGAACAGGAAAUCGCUAGUCUCCAAGCUAACUUAGCACGAUCUGAAACACAAGUUAUACGUUAUAAAAGCACGGCAGAAGCAGCCGAAAAGGCAGAGGCUGAACUGAAAGUUGAGCGCCGUAAGCUGCAACGUGAGCAUCGGGAGAUUUUGGAACGUUUGGAGGAAGCAGAAACCGCUAAUAACCAUCUACUUAAACGACUUGAUAAACUUAAAAAUGCAAAAAGCACAAUAUUAAAGGAAUUAUAAUCAAUGAUGAUGACAUGGAAUAACAAUAUUUCAACAGCACGCACAUGCAAAACAUUAAUCGAAGCUAAUUGCAUAGAUAAUAUAUCUUUAAAAUAGUCAACUAGUUAGGCCCUAUAGCAAAUAUUUAAAUUUGAAAAUAUUUAAAUUACUUUUUUAUAUACUUGCGCUACUUUAUGUAAUCCUUCAAAAAUUGGUACAUGUAUUUAAAUUAUGUCUUCUUAGUCUUAUAGUCAAGUUGGUUGGUUGGUUGGUUGGUUGCUAUGUGACGUGUUCCAGGUAUCUGGCUAUUCAUUUUAUCCCAAGAACGAGUACAAUGAAUUAAUGGCUGUUACCGGA